AUGGUUCGAGUGGAUGAUUAUCUUCCGAUGAUGUUUGAUAAACACCCAAAUAAGAAGGAGUGGCAAAGUAUGGGAUGUGUCCAAUCGAAAAUUCCGGAUAUCAAAGGAGAAGGAUACCAUUUGAGAGUGAAGAAGACGGUGGCAGUUGGAGGAUCAGCAAAGAUCAUGGAAGUGGAUCCAGGAGGGGGAAAAGAGACAAUGAUAGUGAAGAAAAUGGUGGCGUUUUCGAAACGAGAAAAAGAACGAAUUCUUCAAGAGAUUGACCUGUACAAAAAGCUAGAAAGCAACAAAUUUGUGAUAGAUCUGGAAGCUCAUAUUGUUGAGGAUAUCAACCACUACUUGCUCUUCAAACGAUAUUCGAUUAACUUUUUGGAUUAUUUGGAGACACUAAAAACUAGAACCACAGUGGAUGAGUUGAAGCAUUUGAAAUAUUUCUCUGGAAUUGUUUUGGCAAUUGAAGAGCUACACAGUUUUGAGUAUGCUCAUUUGGAUAUCAAGCCUGCCAAUAUUCUGAAGUCUGGAGAUGAAAUUAGGAUGAUUGAUUUUGGUUCAGCAACCAAAAUGCCAAUUGAAAUUAAAACAUCAGCUGAUCAUCAUAAACACAAAGAGGAUGCAGAGGAGCUGUGUAGUAUUAUGUACCGAGCUCCAGAACUUUUCAAUUGUGAAAUUGGGGCAACAUUGACUACAAAAGUGGAUGCUUGGGCUUUGGGAGUUUGUCUGUAUGAGUUCAUGUUUCUAGAAAACCCAUUCAAUAAAAUCUACGAGCAAGGAGGAAGUAUUGCGUUAGCGACACAGAGUCCGCACAUGAUAAAAUGGAUAGAAGAAAGAUCUGUGAGCCAGAAAACAAUCAAUCUCAUCAAAUCGAUUCUCAUUGUGGAUCCAGAGCAACGACCAACGAUAACAGAAAUUCGAGAAAAGGUGGAGAAUUUGUUGGAGAACUGGAACAAGCCAGAGAAUUCUGGAGACGUUCUGGAAGUUUCUGAACCAGUGGUGCCUGAAAGAGAAAUAACAGAUGAGGAGUUUGAUCUGGCCAUGCGACAAGCUUAA